AAGGAGAAGUGUAACAACCGUGAGAUGUGAGAAAAAGAAGUCUAGAGUUCUUUACAUAGAGAACAAGUUUCCUACUCUAGGCUAAGCAAUGUCUGGCUAUGGUUACAAUUACAGAGGGAACUCCGGGUACAACGGUUUAGGGCCUCAGACUGAUACAUGGAGCAAGCCAAACAGCUAUGCCUCAGAUCAUGUCUGUAAGCCAGUCAUUGUUGAUGCUGAGGGGAGGAAACAUCCAAUCGUUUACAAUCCCGACUAUAACACAGGUUCCUGUAUUACAAAAACUGAAACAGUUGUGCAGCAGGUUCAUUCACCUUUCAGCAGUGACCACAAACAUAGCUCUCCGACGAAAUUUGAGUAUGAACCAGUGAAAGAGUACGGUUAUGGUGAGAAUCAAUGGCAUAAGCCGACAACUGACUACGGAUAUGGUGAGAAUAAGUGGCAUAAGCCUUCAACUGGUUAUGGAUAUGGUGAUGAUAAAUGGCGGAAGCCUUCAACUCCAGUUCAUGAUCGCCCGCAAAAGGUGGAGGAAUUCCUCACCAAGUUGCAAACUGAAGCUAGUGGACCAAGGUUUAGCCCCUUGAGUGUUUCACAUUGGCGCCAGACUCCUACCACAGGUAAUUAUGGGAAUACUGGUUAUGGUGAUUAUCGGAAUGAGAACUAUGAUGACUAUCACAGGAAAAAUGGUAUUGGGACAGAACCAACUAUGAUCACCAGUGGUGGAUGGUCGAGGCCAAGCCGUACAGGAUGGGCUUCUCCACCAGAUACUUCACUCUCCAAACCGACAAAUGACAUCGGUGCAGCCAUGGAGUAUUUGACAGAAGUUGCCAAACCUACUACAUUCACUACUUCUCCAUAUUCCACCACCUCUCCAUAUUCCGCCACCUCUCCACAUUCCAGGGUCUCUGUGCCUAUCUCAUCAGUGUCAAAAAGAGAUGACCGUACUGAAAUCAUUGACAGCCGGGAGGCAUCAAGGCGGUAUGGCAACCUCAAUUCACCAUCUUAUCCCGUAGAAUCGUACACAAACACCAUUGAUAGCAGGGAGGCUGCAAGGAGGUACAAAGGCACAUCUCUGUGAAAGUAAUAUUAAUACAUGACUAUAUCAUUGUGUCAUGGUUUGUAAGUCUAUGGGUCUGUUUUCUUCCCUUUUUUUUUCCAAAUUCGAAACCUAUCUGUCGUAGCAGCUAAGUUGUGGUAAAGGCUUGUUUCUAAUAUCAGUUGUAAAAUAAGCUUUCUUAUGAAGCACUUGCAAUAAAUUAAUGGAACAUUUUCCCUUUGGUGAA